AUGCAUCCUCGCGUGUUAUUACUCAGUGGCAAUGCUAUGGUCUCUCGCUUGAUGACCACGGCCAUGGUAUCGCGAUCAUGGGAUGUCAUCAGCAUUGAAGUUAUGGUGUAUGAUUUAGCGAGAAUGACGAGUGCUGCCGAGGCUCAAGUCGUGUUGGCACAAGCAAAGCCAAAUUACGUCAUAUUUGCAGCCGGCUCAAUGUCUAAUCCGUUCGCGGUGGACCGUGACGCUGCAAAAAGCUUCAUGCAUGCUUCUACGGCCGCACCCUCCGUCACUAAGUUCCUAUUCUUUUCGUUCCCGGGAUCGCGUAGGAAUCGAGCGCCGUGGUGGUCAGAGAAGGAGUAUGAACAGUUUCUUUCGGAAAAGAAUUCGUUUCCAGACAUCUACCAAGCCAAGCUUGAGGCGGACGAAUACCUGGUGGCCCUGGCUGAAAAACGAAUCAAGGAAGGUGGACCACCUUUCCAGGCCAUCAGUUUACGACCAACCUGGAUGACGAACUCGAGAGGCACCGGCAAGGUUCGUCUAGGCCGGGCGGGUGCGCGAGGACAAGUCACGAGACAAGAUGUUGCAGCUGUCGCCGUGGGCCUACUUUCGCGUAACGAUACCCAUGGUUGGUUCGAUCUCUUCCAAGGGGAUGUGGAAAUUGAAGAGGCGAUUGAGAUGGCUGUACAAGGUGCCAUAAACAGUAUUGAGGGCGAAGACAUAGAGCGUAUGUGCAAGUUAUUGCAGUGA